UUUUAGUUUACUGGUAACAAAGUUUGAUGGUGGUUGUUUUUUCUAACUUCCAAUUGGAGACGGAACGUUUUAUUUUUGAUUAAUUCUGCUUACGCGUAGUAAUUUAUAUUUUAAAUUGCAUUUCAUUCAUAUAGGCUGCGUUUUCAUUUACUAAGUUCGUACAAGUUAUAAUUAUUGUUGGCUUCUUAGCUCUGAAUUAUCGUUUAAAAUGCUAAAGGUGUAAUCUGAAAAGUGUUUAAAAGAAAUUUAACAAAAAUGUUUUAAAAAAAUAAAAUAAUCUCUUAAGAAAACCAAACCCAGCUUAAUUAACAUAUUUAUACACAUACUAAAACAAAAUACAACAACUACCAUAACAAAAAAAAAUAAAGUAAAAAAAAGAAUCACAUGAAAGCUUAAAUGAAAUAAAGUGUAAGAAAAAGAAUUAAGCAACAAAAAUAAUAAAAAACAAGUUCGCCUUAGCCAACUUCUUUUGCUUUUGUGUGGCUUUUGUAUUCGACUCCAUUUGGCUAGAAAUAUGUUUUUUAACAUUUACGUCAUUAAACUUAUCAAUACUUAAAACCAGGCCCUCCACUACGAAACUAAGUUUAUAUUAAAGAUUUGAUUUCUUUAUACAACAACUCGGCUUUAAUAUCAUUUAUAAACAUGGGUGAUUGCUGUCAGUCAUGUAUGGCACGUAUACCCUAUGCCACCCUAAUAGCAACAUUAAUGUGUCUCUUAGGUGUGGGUAUAUUCUGUGGUACCAUGUAUCGUGGCGCUUCUUUAACCGUUAUUAUGGUAGAUCAAGUCUUUCAUUUGCGUUUAAUAUGGAUUGAAGCAGUUCAAAUGAUUUUUGUUACCAUUGCCGCUGCCAUGGCUGCUUUAGGUUUUAUGAUUUUAUUCGUUGGUUUUCUGGCAACUGGAGCGACUCGUUACAAGGUCUAUCGAGCAUGGCGUUCGCGUGUUGGCGGUCGUAUAUCGUGUGCAGUGCUAAUGGGUUUAACGUAUUUGCUAAACUUUGUUUGGACCCUUAUCUUGUGUUUUUUGGUUAUUUGCACUUUUAUCUAUACCAUGUUCUGGAAUAUGUGCUCAAGUGUAGAGAGCUCUUUAAGUUGUAUAGAUUUAACACAAUUUCAUUUCAUGUUUCCCGCCAACACCAAACCGGAAGAUAUGAAAAUAUGUGAAAAAUACGAAAUCAAAGCAUUCUGCAAAGAUGGUGUAGAAAAUGCCGAAGUAAUGUUCAUCUUAGCCACCCUAGCCACACUACUCGUCAUACUCAGUCUAGUGCACUAUCUAAUGUGUUUGUCCGCCAACUAUGCUCACAUACGAGAUCAUGAGAAAUUCCAAGAAUUACAAGAAAUACAAAAUCUCAAUGAACUAGAAUAUAGCGCCACAUCGAAAGAUCGUUUCUAGGACAUAUUUCAGAAGAUUCAUUUUGAGCUAAAAGAGAAGUAAA